AUGUUGAGAGACCCUGUGACCUCCGUCGGAGAAUUCCGCGAGAGCGCGUUGACCCUGGUGGUGGCGCUGGUAAACUACCGGAAUGCAUUCAUCGGGGACGUCGACACCCAGUUCCUGGUCGCGGGAAUGGUCGUCGGGUAUCUGGUCCUCGCUGUGUGCCACUUGAUCGGUUUCCUCCUCGGAGAGCCCCACUCGCCUCAGGAAGUGUUGGUGAAACUCGUCGGCGGCGCGUUGCUGGUCGUCUCCGGCGGCGUCCUCCUCGGGGAAGCGAACGGGUAUGCAGACGAUCGGAAGUGGAAGGGAUGCGCGAGUGCGGCCUCCCAGUUCGUCGCUGCCGUCCUCUUUCUCCUGGACGCCGUCGUCAUCGUCUCCAGACUGCGGCGGGCCUCAAUUUUCCCGCGUGUGACGCUGCCGCCGCUUUCCGAACGUUCCUCCGUCAUCGGAUUUUUAGGGAUCGUGCAGACUCGAAGCGAAUCGCAGGGAAAGAACGUGCCGAGAUUAGUUCCCGAAGACGAUCCGAAAAUGCCAAAAGGCCAAAUGAGCAGGUUACGCAGUCGAAGGAGGCUCCUAUCGAUCGUGGAGGCGGCUUGGUUCGAGUCGGCGCUUCACUCGAUGAGGCGAAGACGAAGGAGGUUCCGUUUCGUUCGGCUGCGUCUGGCUUCCCUCAAGGGGUCGGCCGAUUCGCGUGCCAUCAAAGAUUCCAUCACCCGAGAGUCGGACCGGACCCGCUCGUUCCACGGCGGGAAAGGAAUCAUCCGAGUGAUGAACGAUUUGCUGAGAACAUAA